AUGCGCUUGAGUUUCGCCCGCGGUAGAUAUGUGCUGCUGUCCCGCGAAUAGUAGGAUACGGUGUGAAUUAUAUUAUAUCUGUGUUCUAUAAUAGAAUGUGUAACAGGUUGUCACGGACGUGGAUGCGGACAGCUGGAAGGUGAAAAUGAACGGUGUGAUUAUCCCAAACACCCCUAUUGCGGUGGACUUUUGGCAGAUCAGACGGUGCAAUAACGUCCGGCUCUUUUUCCUGUCCCAUAUGCACAGCGAUCAUACCAUUGGGUUGUCUUCUACAUGGAUGCAUCCUCUGUAUUGUUCCCCCGUCACCUCGAAGAUCCUCCAACAUAAAUUGAAGGUUAACAGUAAGUUGAUCCAUCCCUUGGAGGUUGACCAUUGUCAUGUCCUGCCACUGGAUGACAUGGGGAAGGAGACUGUCACUGUCACCUUAAUAGAUGCCAACCACUGCCCUGGCUCUGUCAUGUUUCUUUUUGAAGGUUACUUUGGUACGAUUCUAUACACAGGUGACUUUCGAUACAGCCCUUCUAUGGUGACUUUUCCUCCGCUCUGUAAAAAGAAGACAAUUGAUGUUUUGUAUUUGGACAAUACAAACUGCAAACCUGAUCAAAAGCUGCCUUCGCGACAAGAAGCAACAGAUCAGAUAAAAGAAGUCAUUGAAAAGCAUCCAGAACAUGAAAUAGUGAUUGGCCUUUACAGUUUGGGAAAAGAAUCUCUCUUGGUUGAUUUGGCAAAGACAUUUAAAACUUGGAUAGUUGUGAGUCCUCAAAGACUCGAGCUUCUCAGUAUCUUGGAAUUGGAAGAUGUUUUUACGACCGAGGAAGGAGCUGGUAGAAUCCACGUUGUAGAACAGUCGGAAGUUAAUUAUGCCAAUAUGGUACGGUGGAACCAUACCUGUCCAACCAUAGCUAUUCUUCCCACCAGUCGGAAAGUCAAAGUCUGGCAUAAGGAUGUUCAUGUAGUUCCAUACUCUGAUCAUUCCUCUUUUGAUGAACUUACAGAGUUUGUAUCAAAGAUAGAACCUUGUUCCAUCGUUCCUGUAGUAAAAACAGAAAAAUGUGAGGUUCUUUUCAAACAAUACUUAAAUACUCUGAAGGAACCCUGCCGAGUAAUGAUUCCAGAGUCGGUGAAAGCUUUUAUGAAGAAAAAAGUUGGGAAGGAAGCUUCUGCACAUCUAUUCAAGGCUCCCAUUGUGAAGCGUGCUGCUAGAGGUGUGGAGUUUGAGUCUCCUGAUAAGAGGUCACACUGUAAUGUAGACUUUUCUACCCUUCAAUCAAAACAGAAAAGCACUCCAAAAAUAUUAGACAGAGAGCCUGACUUGGAAGUAGGACAAAAUCAUUUCUUGAAUUCUGUAGAAGUGAAGGCUGGGGUAUUGUUAUCGGAAUCAAGAACAAUAGAAUCUAAUCAAGAGCAAACCACAUUCUCCAACACGAGUGUUCAAUCUGAUGAUGGCCUUUUCGAGAUGGACUCCACAAUAUUUUGGUCCCCUAAAAACAGGAAUGUCUCUGUGAUGUCCGAGGCUUCGCUCUUAUUGCCAGAGGCUGAAUCUGCAGCUCAUUGCAGCAGUACAACGUUCUCAGAUAUUCAAUUUUCAUUUAAACACACUGUAUCGGACUGGGAAAAGGUGUGUAGACUAUCUUUAUUGCCUCUGAAAAACCAGAAAAAAACUGGCCCUCAAAACUUUCAAAUACAAGCUGAGGAGUACCUUAAGAAAUUCUGUUCAAAAGAAAGUCUGUUCUGAUUAUUUAAUGGGAAGAAUGAUGCACUUUAUUUUCUACAAUAAAAUAUUUGUUUUACAGUUUCU